AUGACCAUUGAUUCAACAAUACAAAUAGAUGUUUUGUAUCACCAAAGUGGUGAAAUACAAUUAUUUGAUGGAGAUAUUUAUAUUGUUAAAUAUCUUACAUCUUCAGUAGAACAAAAAAGAGUUAUUAUAGAUAAUAAUGCAUCAGUGAUUAUUGGAGGAUAUCUUGAUAAUGUUAUUGUUUCUAUUAAAAACAAAUGUUCAUUAGAAAUAGAAGGGAUUUAUUUCACUACUCAACUUGUUCAAUGCCAAAUAGAAAUUGAACAAAAUGCAAUGUUUUUUUCAAUUGAGAAUGAUCGUGUUGAUUUAAUUUAUUCACUCAUUAAAAUGAAUUACCCAAAUGAACAUGCAAUUGCCUUAUCUUCAACUGUGUCAUUUAAAGAAACUAACUUAAUUCUUCAAACAAACUCACAGUCAAAAAUUGAUUCACAAAAUUAUGGGUAUAUUUUAUAUUCUCCAAAUGGAUGGAAUGAAACAAUUAUUGAGUCAGUUGUAUUGAAUGAUGGAAAAAAAGAAACUUCUCUUCAUUUAGAAGAUGUGUGUGACUUUACAUGGAAAACAAUUCAUAGAGAUUCAAGUUCAGUAAAGUGUUUGCACAGUCCAUUCAACAUUUAUAGAGUUUCUAUGAAUGAGCCAAUUCGAUGGAGAAAACAUUAUCAUUCAUGGAACAUAUUUUUCUUAUCAGGUUCAGUAAUUUUUGUGUUAGGAUUACUUGGGGUUAUUGGAUAUAUACUUUAUUUUUCACUACAACCAACAAAAUCUCACUCAUUCAAUGAAUAA